CGGGGCGGCCGGGCGGAAGUGGCCCGUCGGACGACUGAGCGGUUCGCUAUGGCAGCGACGGCCACGUCCUCGGCGCUGAAACGGCUGGAUCUGCGCGACCCCGCGGCGCUUUUCGAGACACAUGGAGCGGAGGAGAUUCGCGGGCUGGAGCGCCAGGUUCGGGCCGAGAUCGAGCACAAAAAGGAGGAGCUGCGGCAGAUGGUGGGCGAGCGGUACCGCGACCUGAUCGAGGCGGCCGACACCAUCGGCCAGAUGCGCCGCUGCGCCGAGGGGCUGGUGGACGCCGUGAAGGCCACCGACGAGUACUGCGCCCGCCUCCGCCAGCCGGCCGCGCCCCGGCCGCCCCGGGAGCCGCAGCCGCAGCAGCCAUCCCAGGAGAAGUUCUAUAGCAUGGCUGCCCAGAUCAAGCUCCUUUUAGAAAUUCCUGAGAAGAUCUGGAGCUCGAUGGAGGCCUCGCAGUAUCUCCACGCCACACAGCUCUACUUGCUGGGCUGCCACCUUCACAAACUGCUCCAGUUGGAUCCUCCCAGCUCCCGAUAUAGCCCCGUCCUCUCCCGGUUCCCCAUACUCAUCCGGCAGGUGGCUGCGGCCAGCCACUUCCGAUCAGCCAUUCUGCAUGAAAGCAAGAUGUUGCUCAAAUGCCAAGCCGUGUCUGACCAAGCUGUAGCCGAGGCCCUGUGCGCUAUAAUGCUCUUAGAAGAGAGUUCUCCUCGCCAAGCCCUGACAGACUUCCUGUUGGCCAGAAAGGCAGCUAUUCAGAAGCUUCUCAACCAGCCGCACCAUGGUGCUGGCAUCAAGGCUCAGAUUUGCUCAUUAGUGGAGUUGCUGGCCACCACUUUGAACCAAGCUCAUGCUCUUUUCUACACUUUACCAGAAGGUCAGCUGCCAGAUCCGUCCCUGCCGUGUGGUUUGCUCUUCUCAACACUGGAGACCAUCACAGGCCAGCAAACUAGCGGAAGGGGCAUUGGUGUCCUGCAAGAGGAGAUGAAGCGCUGCUGCUGGUUCAGACACCUGCCAGCAUCCAUCGUCGAGUUCCAGCCAGCUCUGCGAACCCUUGCACAUCCCAUCAGCCAGGAAUACCUGAAAGAUACACUGCAGAAAUGGAUUCACAUGUGCAAUGAAGACAUUAGAAAUGGGGUCAGCAACCUGCUCAUGUAUGUGAAGAGCAUGAAAGGUCUUGCAGGCAUCCGGGAUGGCGUGUGGGAAUUACUCACCAAUGAGCCCACCAGUCACAGCUGGGAUGUGAUAUGUCAGCGGCUUCUGGAGGAUCCACUCUCAUUCUGGGAAGAUUUGAUGCAGCAACUGUUCCUGGACCGAUUACAGACCCUGACCAAAGAAGGCUUUGACACCAUUUCCACGAGUUCCAAAGAGCUCCUCACUUCGGCUUUGCAGGAGCUUGAAAGCAGCACCAGUCACACCACUUCAAACAAGCACAUCCACUUUGAGCACAAUAUGUCCCUCUUUCUCUGGUCUGAGAGUCCGAGCGACCUGCCUCCUGAUGCUGCCUGGGUCAGCGUGGCAAACCGGGACCAGUUUGCCAGCAGCGGGCUCUCCAUGAAAGCACAAGCUAUCAGCCCUUGUGUGCAGAACUUCUGUUCUGCCCUAGACUCCAAACUGAAGGUUAAAUUGAAUGAUCUCCUGGCUUACCUUCCCUCCAGUGAUACAACACUGCCCAAGGGCAUGUCCCCCAUGCAAGCCAAGAACUGUGCCUUUGACCGGUACGCAGAUGCCGGGACCGUGCAGGAGAUGCUGCAGACCCACUCGGUGGCAUGCAUCAGGCACAUCAUAGACUGCAUCCAGGCCGAGCUGCAAAGCAUUGAACAAGUGGUGCAGGGGCAGCAGGAUGUCCUCAGCGGUGUCAAGCUGCGUGCUGUCCUUUUCAUGGCCAGACUCUGCCAGUCACUGGGAGAACUGUGUCCCCACCUGAAGCAGUGCAUCCUGGGAAAAGCAGGGAGCUCUGAGAAACCAGCAAGGGAGUCUAGGGCUCUGAAAAAGCAGGGCAAGGGGAAACCUCAGGAAGUAAUUCCUGUGCAGGCCAAGUGGCAGGAAGUUAAGGCCCUGCUCCUCCAGCAGAGCAUAAUGGGCUACCGGGUCUGGAGCACGGCAGUUGUAAACGUUCUGGCUCAUGGAUUCACCCAGUCAUUACUUGCAGAUGAUGCUGGCUCAGUCCUGGCCAUGGCCACCAGCUGGGAGGAACUAGAAAUUCAGGAGGAAGCUGAGUCAGGAAGCAGCGUCACAUCCAAGAUCCGACUCCCUAUACAGCCGUCCUGGUAUGUACAGUCCUUCCUGUUCAGCUUAUGCCAGGAAAUUAAUCGGGUGGGAGGCCAUGCCUUGCCAGAGGUGACGCUGCAGGAGAUGCUGAAAAGCUGUGUAGCUCAAGUAGUAGCCGCCUACGAGAAACUUGCAGAAGGAAAACAGGUGAAGAAAGAAGGUACAUUUCCAAUGACGCAGAACCGGGCACUGCAGCUGCUUUAUGAUCUGCGGUAUCUCACCAUGGUUCUGACAGCCAAGGGCGAGGAGGGGAAGAGUGGCCGCGGCAAACAGGACUCCAGAAUUGAGAAAGUGGCCGACUACUUCGAGGCACUCAUCGACCCGUUUGACCUGGACGUUUUUACACCACACCUCAACAGCAACCUUAAUCGCCUGGUGCAGCGAACUUCUGUUCUGUUUGGACUGGUCACUGACACAGCGAACCAGUUCACACCCCGGAGCAGCACCUUCAACUCUCAAGAACCCCAUAACAUCCUGCCCCUGGCAACGACGCAGAUCAGGUUCGGACUUCUUCCACUGAGCAUGACAAGCACUCGAAAGGCCGAAGCAACCAGCAGAAGCAUCGAAACAAAAGCUCAGGUUGUCCCCCCGGCACUCUCCCGAACAGAUGACCUGACGCAUCCUGGCUCCUUAUUCAGACACCUUGUUGGUGAGGAAGAAGACACGUCUACACCUUCGUUAUUCAAACUAGGUUGGCUCUCUAGUAUGACUAAAUAACAUGGGAACAUACCCAUCUCCCCCUAAAUAAAUACGACUGCAACAUUUCUUCUAA